UGCAGCCAUGAACAGAAUAUAUUCAAUGCAGGCGGUGGAGCAGGAGAACGGGACCAAAUUUAAGGAGUCCUACAGGAACGUGUCGGAGGUGAAGAGGGACGUAUACAAGGACGGAGCAGACGAGCGAUCAGAGCCGUCCUGUUGUCUCAGUGUCAGUAAGAUCUCCUACACAGUCAGUGAGCGCGUUGGUCCAUGGUGGGAUUUACCCUGCUACAAGAAGCGAUGGACCCGUCAGAUCCUCAACGAUGUCUCCUUCCACGUAGACAGCGGACAGAUUAUGGGCAUCCUGGGCAACUCAGGCUCUGGGAAGACCACACUGUUGGACGCCAUCUCAGGGAGGAUUGGAAACGGCGGCACACUGCUGGGUGAUGUCUACGUUAAUGGCAGGAAGCUGAAGAGAGAGGAGUAUCAGGACUGCUUCUCCUACGUACUGCAGAGUGAUAACUUGCUGAGCUAUCUGACAGUGGAGGAGACUCUGACCUACAUAGCCCAGCUGGCCCUGCGGAAACACUCGGUCGAAGCCAUCAAGAAAAAGGUGUCGGCGGUGAUGGCCGAACUGAGUCUGAGUCACGUGGCUCACAGUGUAAUUGGAGGUCGAGUUUUCCCAGGGAUCUCCGGGGGUGAGAGGAGGAGGGUCUCCAUCGCCAGUCAGUUACUUCAGGACCCGAGGGUGAUCCUAUUGGACGAGCCGACCACCGGCCUGGACAGCAUGACGGCCAAUCAGAUCGUGGUGCUGCUGGCAGAGCUGGCGAGGAGGAACCGCAUCGUCAUAGUAACCAUCCACCAACCGCGGUCCGAGCUCUUCAGGGUGUUCAGCAGGAUCGCCAUCAUGAGUCGUGGGGAGCUCGUAUUCUGUGGACAGCCAGAGGAGAUGGUGAACUUCUUCAGUCAGUGUGGAUAUGAGUGUCCAGAGUACUGCAACCCCUUUGAUAUCUAUGUUGACUUCACCUCGGUGGACACGCGCAACAGCGAGAGGGAGGCGGCAACGUUCAACCGCAUGCACGAGAUUACUUUAUCCUACCAGAGUUCGGGCAUCUACCAGAGCAUGCUGGGAAAAACGGAGCAGAGCCUGCAGCGAUCAGACAAGCCGGUCAUCCCCUUCAAGAGCAAAGAGUCACCCAGUGGUGCUGCUAAACUGGAAGUUCUGAUCAGGCGAACAGCAAGAAACCUGUCCAGAGACAGGAUGGGCGUCCUGAUGCGUCUGUCCCAGAACCUGAUCUACGGUCUGUUCGUGGCCUUCUUCGUCAUGCGUUUGGACAACGACGUCACCAAGGGUGCAGUGCAGGAUCGCAUUGGCAUCAUCUAUCAGAGCGUUGCUGCUUCGCCCUACACCGGCAUGCUGAACGCCGUCGCGCUCUUCCCAUCACUGCGAGCCAUCAGUGAUCAGGAGAGUCAGGACGGCCUGUACAGCAAAUGGCAAAUGUUUUUGGCCUACAUCUCCCACAUUCUGCCCUUCAGCAUCCUCAGCGUCAUCAUCUUCACCUCCUUCCUUUACUGGACGGUGGGGAUGCACCCUGACGUUUUCCGUUUCCUGUGUUUCACUGCCGUAGUUCUGGUGCCACAUAUUAUAGGUGAGUUGCUGACUGUGGUGCUCCUAGGAGUGGUCCAAGACCCGAACAUGGUCAACACUGGAGUGGCUCUGCUCAAUAUUGCAGGGAUCCUGGUGGGAUCUGGCUUCCUACGAAGCACCCAGCAGAUGCCAAUGGUCUUCCAGUGGCUCAGUUAUCUCACCUUCCAGAAGUACAGCUGUGAGCUGCUCAUCGUCACAGAGUUCCACGGCCUCGAGUUCAAAUGCAAUAAUUCCAGACCUUUGCCUGGAGCCUGUACGGUAACUCAGGGAAGUCAGAUCAUCGAAGAGGGCUACCCUGGAGCUCUGUCCCGAUACACACUAGACUUCUUGCUCCUCUACGCCUUCCUCCCUGCCUUACUGCUGCUGGGCAUAAUCUGCUUCAAGAUCAGGGACAAGCUUGUACGUCACUAAAAGCGCAGACACAAAUUUGUGAGAGACUGUUUGGACAGAAACAUGAACUGUAGUUCUGAUGAUCUCAUACACAUUAACAGUGCAAUGGAAUACAGUGAAGUGCUAUGGCCCUACUUUAAAGUUAUACCUGGAUACAAGGUGUACAGCAAAGCAGCUCAUUUGCUGGGGUCCCUC